GAGAUGGUGAAGCGACUGAAUGCAAUCUGUGCCCAAGUCAUCCCCUUCCUCUCACUGGAGCACCAGCAGCAGGUAGUCCAAGCGGUGGAAAGAGCUAAACAGGUCACCAUGGCUGAACUCAACGCCAUCAUCGGGCAGCUCCAGCACCUGUCUCAUGGUGGUCAUGCCCUCCCGGUGCCCCUCACCCCCCAACCUGCUGGGCUCCAACCCCCUCAACCCCCCCUGUCCACCGCGGGCAGCGCCAGCCUCCUGGCCCUCUCCUCUGCCCCCCUGCCCACCGCGGGCAGCGCCAGCCUCCUGGCCCUCUCCUCUGCCCCCCUGCCCACCGCGGGCAGCGCCAGCCUCCUGGCCCUCUCCUCUGCCCUCGCUGCCCACCAGCUGCCCCUAAAGGACGACCAGAAACACAACGACAACAACAGAG